AUGAACGAAGUAUACUCUCAAGCAAAAAGACGACGCCAAGGGCUUAUUGGAAACGGACGCGGGAGAAAUGAAAACGAGGACGAUGAUAUAUACGGUAGCCAGUUCUCUGUACCGUCAUCACAGGCUCCCAGCCAGCGGCGGUAUCUAUCUCAACGCAGCAACUUGCAGCAAUCGCAGGUGGUCAAAUCGGGUCGGCGACCACCGACAAACUACUACGAAAGUGUGCUCUUCAUGGCCGGGCUGAGCUUAGACCAACCAGGUGGCGUAGUGGUGCUCAAAAGCGAACCAAUCGUGUUCAUGCACAGGCUGAAGAAUGUCCUUCGCACGAACGCGGACUAUCCGUCGAACGUGGACCGGUUUGUUUCAGGCAUCGAGGCGACAAUGAAGGAUCGCACCAGCUUCAUGAAGCUGCUAGAGUGCUGCCAGGUUAUCCCGUCGGCGGAAAUCGAUCUCCCCGAACCGGUACGCAAACCCGUUCAAGAGAGCCUGAUGAAGAUGUUUCUGCUUGUAGAUUUCCUGCAGCUAAAGUUGAUAGAAUUGCUGUUUUCUUAUUUGAUGCGGGAGCUUAGUGCGGCAUCCAUCAUGGAAGAAGGCGGCGGGGCCGAGGAUUCUAUUGUAGGUUUCGUACUGUCACAGCUGAAAUUCAUCGAUCAUGUUCAAAACGGCGAGCUGGUAUUCGAGAAGGUGUUCGAAUUGUUGGGCAAAGCAAACCGCAACUCGGUCGUAUUCGAUGAGAUCAUCUUCAGUCUGGAGGACGUGAUUGAUGUAUCAAAGCACGACGACGCGCUCGCUCGAUUGAUGAAGCUAAGACCACUCCCGAAAGAUCUCCUCACGCCCACCACGAUCGAGGUGUGCACUGGUAUGUGCCUGAGUGUGCAGACUCUCGAAGCAAUUCGCCGGAAAGUGGUCCAAUACGUGGCCGACGGUUGUCCGCUCCGAUACUACCCGUCGCUCGUGAAAAUGCUGCUCAAAUUCAACCGCACUGAACCGCCAGAAAACAUCGCCAGUAUCGUGCGAGAAGUUCGCCAUUUGUUCGACACAACCGCGAAUCCAAACGCUUGGGACAUUCCCACGUCGGCAGAUUGCGUGGAGCAAAUGCUGCGUACGAUCUACCAGGCGAUCUCCGCUUCCGCGAUGCUUUUCGACGCUUGGAUAACAGCCAUUCGCCAGCUACCAACGGCUGAAGAUCAUCUACCGAUAGACCUACUGUUGCUGACAGUAGCCACUACGAUUAACGAAGUGAAAGCACCUCGCAUACGCAAAAUGACGAUCAAGAAGAUUGAGCAGCAAUUCUUUACGGACGCACACACAGACCAGCUGGUGAGUGGAUGCUUCCGGCGGGUGCUUCAGACACAUCUCGACGGGUUUCUGCAGCUGAUCGAAAGCUGCACACGCGAAAAGCACGAACACGUGUGCGAGUUCGGAGUGGCCGCUAUGAGUGCACUAUUCACGCUUGAUCAAGCAAUUGCAGCUUCCGACAAUCGAGUGGUGUUGAGCAAAAUUGUUGGCUUCAUUUGCGAGAUGGCGUCAGCGAACGUGGCCAGUCGGAAUGAUUUCCUCAUCGGGCGAUGUAUCGGAGCUUUGCGUAAACUGCACGAAUCGCACCCGAAAGAAAUCGAACGGAGUGCGGAACUGCUGCUCAGGAUCCUUGAUAUCGCACCCGAUUUGUCUCUGCGUCAGUACCGUCCACUGAUCGGGGUGAUUUAUGCGGCCGCGAUUCCUCCGCACGCCAACGACGACGCUGAGUUGAUUGCCAUUCGGGACAACCUGGAGAUCAUCGUCAAGAAGCAGCUGAUGUGCGACAACAGAGACACAAAACUGAAGGGCAUCAUUGGGCUGGUGCAGAUGGUCUAUCACAUGUCGCUAGGAUCAAAUACUGACGAAACGCCGGAACUUAGCUCGAGUUUUGACUCUGAACGUACGAUCGGCACCAUUUCCGAGAUCCCGAGCGCUACAAGCCGCACGUUGGCUAACCUCAUCAGCACUCUGUUCCUGUCCACUAACCAGUCGCCGGAUUUGCUGGCGAUCUGUUACGACGAGCUGGCAAGCAUGUUGUGCCAACCUCGGCCAAAAUCGGCUCCCGGGUGGGAGAAAAUCUUCAUCAUUUGGUUGUGCGAUACGGUCACGAUGGAUUUCCAGGGCACGUUUCUGGUGGAAGACGGCACACCGCUACCUUCGCGAGAUGCCACCGGUCCGGCUGGUAUCACACUCGCUCUCCAGCUGUGCAUAAACGAUGCCGAUGAACAGACGACCAGCUCGGAUGCGGCAACAAUCGCGGUGAAUGUCGGUGGCGGGGUGCUAAUGCACGCCGGGAGUCGACAUUCGCAAAUCGGUUAUAUUGCCCCGAUCUUCCGGUUGAUGCGCAUGCUACACUCCAUCCGGUACGGAGGUUCGCUUGAGACGAUUAAUGCACUGCUUGGGUGUAGUGUCGUCGUGCCGGAGUUUUACGGUUCCACGGAGGAGGAAGAACGCCGAUUUUCCGUCGACGUGUACGAUGAAACCGCUUGCACUUUGCUGCUGGACGUUUACUUCUGUGUUGGGAAUUGGUUCCGCGAGUGCAUCGGUGCGUUUGUCGGACAGGAAGACGAACCAAGCCGACGAAAGGUUCUACUGCGACUUCAUGAGCUUGUUAAGCUUGAGCAUCGGCUCAGUCGUAUGUUGGAGCGCAUGGUUUCGGACAGCGAGUAUGUUCCGGCGCCAGUCGCUGAUUUUAUGGACCCACCAAACAUCACCGCCAAGAAGCUUAGGUUGACCGAAUCGAACCGACCAGGUCGUCCGAAGGCAGGAGCCCACGACAAGACGGUCAAUUUGGACGCUCCGCUUAGCACACAAACGGUUGCCGCAACCAUCCCAGCGACGGUUGGGCAGUUUAACGAGCAGAGUCUACUCUUGCGUUGUGCUUUUGCCCUUCGUCGGAUGGACCCGGACUUGGUGCGGUUAUUCGCGGUACCCAUGGUGCCCUCGCGGGUACUCGAAUCACCGGAGCUAUACGAUAAAUCUCUCGCGCUUCCCGAGUACCGGUUCCUGUUGGAAAACGUAACCAUCGCACUGGAACAACCCGAACCGGAAGGACGCUUCCACCGGCAUAUGGUGGACCGCUGGCCGGAGUUUGUUGAGCGGAUAGCCGAGUUGCAGCGGCGCUUGCAGGACGGCAUCAAUCGGAUGCAACCUGCCUCGAUUCAAGAGCUUUUGCCACUUAAAUCCUGCUACCUGUGGAGCGUUAGGCUCGCAACCGCUCUCCUGUCGUGGAAGCGAUUCCGCGAACAACGUGGGCGGCCGGAUCUCAUCCGGGUGCAGCAGCUAUUGGUAGCAAAACUCACCGAAGGCGCAUCGACGGACGAACAUGACCUGCACGUAACUGAGCUGGGAAAGGUCCUUCUGAAGCAGCUGAUCGUGCGUGAAUCGUGCUUCGGUGAUCUGUCGAUUGCCGCGCAAUUUUAUCGGCUUGCUCGUGCGAUUGGGGAAUCCGUUGGAGAUCGUCGGACGGCCAACCAAGCCAUUGCUCGGUUCACACGAAGCGUUCUCACCGCUCCGGACAUGAAAUCGGUGGACAACAAAUCAAACCACCAUUUCACGACGCUCUUGGACGGGCUAAUCGAUACGGUCGGUUUGAAAGCGCUCAAGCAGCUCAUCGUGGAGAUGCGACAGGAUAUGAGCAUCGAGGAAAAUGCACCGAAAAAAGCGGCCAAAUCGAAACCCACGCAAGCAGCCUCUUCAAGCUGCAACGUUCGCACUUUCGCGUGCUUCAAGCGGGCUCACUACGCGCUGCUCUUCAAAGGACUCUGCAGGGCGUUUUUGCGCGUGCUGCAGGAAGAGAUUCGCGUCCGAGCCGGUGCCGGUGGGGGACCCAACCGGCGGCUAGAGCUUUGGGAGACAGCAUGCGAGGUAACCGGCAAGCUGACAGAAAUCGUCCGCCAAACGCAGCAUUCAGGAAGCUUUGGGAUUUACCUACGCUUCGCACAAAUUUUCAUAAAGCUUUUCCUCCGGAACGGCUUGCCAGCGCUCGAGUCGAUCCUGCGCAGUUCCGCCGAGCGAGCGUCGAACCUUCUGCUUACGUUGCAAACCACCACCCGGUACCUGCACAACGUUUGCUGCCAGGCGAAGGUGUCGAAAGGAAUCGGCACGUCGGCUGGCGCCGUUGCACAAGUGCCGUUUGUGCGUGAAUCCGUCGAAACGCUCGUGUACCGUGUGAAAGCCGCCCUCGUGGCGAACCGGUGCUCGGCCGUCUUCUGGAUGGGUAACUUGAAGAACAAGGACAUGCAGGGUGAACUGAUCGCGUCCCAGCAGCCACAACCCGACUCGGAUGACGAUGAGGAGCUGUCGGAGAACAACGCUAACGGGAUAUUGCUGGAGCGAUCUGACAUCGCGGACGAACUAAGUGAUGAUGGCAACGAAAGAGAGGUUGCAGUCGCCGCUGUGGCCGUCGCUGAAGCAAAGUCCUCCCAGAGCAAGUGCUUCUGA